UAGGUGGGGGUCAAUUACGAUGUUGUUUAACGAUGAAAGAAAAAUGGACCCCUCCCGAUUUGAGAGCCUCUCCCAUAAUCAUAAACCUUUGCUGAGUAUUGCUGAGUAAAAUCCCGCGGAACCACUUUAGUAACUUUAUUAGCGCUGCCCAGUCACGUUACCUCGGCCCAGGGGCAACUUUCCAAGCGGGCCAAGAGAAAUUGCCGAAGUUUCGCCCCGAGAUAACGGCCUCGUUUUUCCUUGGUAAAUCUACUGAAUUUCGCCGCAACUCCCCACAUUACAUAUGGAUGACAAGCCGUGAAUAAGAAUAAGUGGUUCCUAUAACUCUCCUAGCGUCUGUUUUUCUAUGGGUUUCGCGCCGUGAUUGAAAGUGCUUCCAAAGCGAUUGCUCAGGGUUAAUAAGCCGUCUUGACUCCGUGCCCCUCUAUACAGUUGUAUAUAGCUUCGUUUUUUUGGCAAAGUGGAUUAUCCAGCACCUUCGAUAUCAUUGAAAAUAGCUUUGACAAUGUCUUCCUCCACUCUCGGCCUCAAGUUCGCCCCGCUUCUAAGAAGUCUCCCCUCUCGCAGUCAGCUAUAUAUGCCCUCCUCUUCCACCUCUCUAUUCCACUCCUCCUCUCCCAUCAUCACCAAAUCAUCAUCAUCACCCUUCACACCCACCACCCACCACCGCUCCAUCUCCACCACCACAGCCAAAAUGUCCGCAACACCCUACCUCACCGCCCUCGCGGCCCGCCGCUCCAUCUACCCCCUCAAGAAGGAAUCCCCCAUCCCCGACUCCCGCCUCCGCGAAAUCAUCACCGAGGUCAUCAAGCACGUUCCCUCGUCGUUCAACGCGCAGUCCACCCGCGCCGUCCUGCUGCUUCACGCUGAGCACGAUAAACUCUGGGAUAUCCACGCUGAGGUGUUGAAGCCUAUCGUCCCCGCUGAGGGAUGGGCCGCUACUGAGGGGAAGAUUAACAUGUUCAAGGGAGCAUACGCUACUAUCCUCUUCUUCACCCACGCCCCCACCAUCGUCGGCCAACAAAAGGCUUUCCCAAUGUACGCCGAGAAGUUCCCCCACUGGGCCGCCCAAUCCUCCGGCGCCCACGAGAUCUCCCUCUGGACCGCCCUGGCCGCCGAGGGUCUCGGAGGUAACCUCCAGCAUUACAACCCGCUCGUGGAUGCGCGCGUCAGGGAAACCUGGGGUAUUUCGGAGGAUUGGGUGUUGGAUGCUGAGUUGGUUGUUGGUACUCCUGCUGGGGAGGCUGGGGAGAAGGCCUUUUUGCCUAUUGAGGGCGAGAGACUUCUGGUUUUCGGCGAGAAGGCUUAGAUGGGGGUUGAGAGUUUAGAGAGGAAGAGGCGUUUUAUUGCAUAGCUUGCGGGUUGGUUGGGGAUUUAGAAGCAUAGAAUUUGGUUUUUAGAAUUAGAAUUGACGAUUUAUGUCUGUUUCAA